CGAGUCCGUGACUAUCGUGACUUUUCUGCCUCUAUUCUUUCUUUUCAAAUAAUAUCCAUCGCAUCAAAAACGUGUUCAGCUAGCUGUAGCCUUGGUAAUCUAAAUCCAUGUCAGCGAGCGCUACUUAUUACACGCUAUUCAGCGCUUUGAGUCACGCUCGAGUCAUCUUGAUUCCUCUGUCAAAACAGCCUGAGGGUCCGGCAGCCGCGGUUGAUAUAAAAUGGUCUAUGGAGCUGUGUACAGUAUUCUAAGCAUCAUAUCCCUUUAUUCCCAAUUUUUUUUAGUCCAAGCUGGCGUCCAUCCCAGACCUCGUCGAGCAGCUUCUACAGUUUGCAGCCUCGAAUACUUCAAGUCCAAACGCUACAACGACUACCGAUGCCACCUCGCCGCAUAUGACGGCACCUGCUGCUUUGGAUGGAUUCGGCCCAUUGAUCUCGUUCAUUCUUUCAAUUUCUGCUCUGAGAGACUGGGCGAAGCUUUUGAUCAUUGGUAGCUUUUUCGAGACAUGUCGACGCCUCCUUGCCACACUCUGGUCGUCCACGAUCGAUUCUUUCUUUAUCACCGCAACAUUUGAGGAUUACGAUGACAGUUACAAAUGGAUGAUGAUCUGGCUAUCGAAGCAACCAUCCUGGAAGAAUGUGCGUAACGUAAAUAUUAGUACCACCCAAAGGUAUUCGGGGAAUGCAUCUCUUUCCGAAGAGGAGCCUGAUCGAUCCGGAUUGCCCAAAGUCUCUUUCCUGCCAGCAGUCUCCGGGUCUUAUACUUUAUGGUACAAAUACACAUGGAUGCGGAUUACCCGUGUUUCAGAGCAAAUACCUGGCUGGGGCCCCAACCAAAGGGACUCGUUGAAUAUUAGCAUCUUCACGCGCAACCAUAAUAUUCUAAAUGAUAUCCUACAAGAAGCCAAAAAGGCUUAUCUGGAUGCGCAGGGUAGCUCUAUUACUGUCUAUGUUUCUGAUUCCACGAAUUGCUGGAGAGAACUUGCUACAAGACGCAAGCGGCCUCUAGAUUCUAUUAUCCUAGAUCCUGGAAUUCGGGAACUUGUUGUUGAGGACGCGCAAGAUUUCCUUGAUAGUAAGAGGUGGUAUGCUGAACGAGGAAUUCCGUUCCGCCGUGGUUACCUGCUGUAUGGUGCACCUGGCUCAGGAAAAACAUCACUGAUUCAUAGUAUCGCGGGCGAACUGGAACUUGAUGUCUACAUCAUCUCCCUCUCCCGCAGCGGCCUUGACGACACUGGACUUUCUGAACUCAUUUCAGAUUUGCCUGAGAGAUGUAUCGCGCUCAUGGAAGACAUCGACGCCGCUCUCCAUAAUAGUCUUUCGCGGGAGGAUGCUCCCACACCACCAAAGCAAACCGCCGAGCCCAUCCACAGCUCUCUGCCCACACACACUACUAGCAAGGUUUCGCUUAGCGGUCUACUUAACGCAUUAGACGGCAUUGGCGCACAAGAGGGGCGGAUACUGUUUGCUACCACGAACAAGUAUUCCUCUCUUGACCCUGCUCUGUGUCGUCCGGGUCGUAUGGACCUCCACAUUGAAUUUAAGCUUGCGAGCAGAUAUCAGGCAGACGAGCUGUUCAAGCGUUUUUACCUUUCUUCCUCGCCCAAGACCCCCGCAGAUAACGUUCAAGAACCAAAUUCAAAUCCUGCUCAGUCCCAUCCCAAUCGCUCUACAUGUGACGGAGGUUCCUCUAACCUAAUUGAUCUUGAUGUCCCCGACACUACCGACUCCCCUUCCUCUUCCUGUUCUGAAAAAUCUGAGCGCGUGGCUCCGACGUACAAAGGCACGCGCCAUCAUGGACAUGCACCACAACUUUCGAGCGAACAGCUUUCUGCGCUUGCUGCACAGUUUGCGUCAGCUAUUCCGGAACGUGAGGUGUCUAUGGCUGCUCUGCAAGGUUAUUUAAUGUCGCAGAAGAGCAGGCCUUGGGAGGCGGCCAGAGAAGUCUCUGCCUGGCUUGAAAAGGAGCUGGCAACAAAGAAAGUUCAAAACGAGAUAAGAUCAUGACAUGACGCUAUAUUACGUCUGUAUUCUGGUCGCGUUAUAUCCAUUGUUUCAUCUACGCACGAUACUAUGUAGCAAUGAAAUUCUAGACAAUCAGAAAUUUGGGGCCGUUUAUGUAAUUGUAAUUGGAGUUGACUCGGAGGAGUUUGAAUUUCCCUUGCGUCUGACGCCAGUCAUGAGGCCACGGU